AAAUCUAAUCAAAACCUCUGUCAUGUGCGCUCUCUGAUGUAAUCAAUUGCGGUGAGAUUAAAACCCAUCUCAAUAAAUUUCCAAACGAAGAACGAGCUUGACGUGCGGACCGCGAAGAAACGCGUGUUUGGUGAAAAUUUGUGCACUCGUGGUACCAGUAUAUACCACAUGCAUAGAAGCUUCUGUGAUAGAAUCGUGCCGUAAAUGCAACACGCAUCUAACCCUGUUUUCGCCGCGAACGGAAAACACAAUUCUUUCCCCCUGGUCAACGUGUAGUGGCUUUCGGGAAAAGGGAAGUUGUUUUUUCUUGCACCGAGCUUAUGCUGGAAUCGAUUUUAAUUCAAUUAAGACAAAGCAAGCCGUGCGUUAGUUAGUACAGUACCAGCGACGGAACCUUCCAUCCGUACCGAAUUCGUGCUUCGAGUGCGUUGGUUAGCUUUGUGAAUUGGAACACAUACUCACAGGAGAAAAAAAAACAGAACGGAGUCGGAAGGUGGAAUAAUACGAAACAUACCAGCAGCUACCCGGCAAACCGAUAGUGUACGGCCUUCCGCGGUCCGGUGUACGGAACGCAGCGCUGGCCCAGAACGCGGAACCAGACCCCUAUCCGGACGGUGUUAUUGUGCUGAGCCGCAGAAACAUGAAGAAGCGGAGCAGUCCGCCACCGCCGGCGACGAUGGCGGACGGUGGCAUUGGCAGUGAAACGCUGCUGCAUGCCUCGCAGCACACGAUGGCGGUCAACGAGUUUAAGUUCAUUAACGAGCGCCCGGUGGACGAUAUCUCGCUGAACUUCUUCUACAAACCACACACGAUCACGCUGCUGGCCGUUUCGAUAAUCGGUGGGAUGUACUUUGCCUUCGUCCGCGAUCAGUCCGAUAUACAGGAGAACAUAUGGGCCGGCAUGGUGUGUGUGAUAUUCUUCUUCCUGAUCAUCUCGGUGCUUGCAUUCCCGAACGGCCCAUUUACCCGACCGCAUCCGGUGGUUUGGCGUAUGCUGUUCGGUCUGUCGGUGCUCUACCUGAUGCUGCUACAGUUUCUAAUGUUCCAGGACUACAAAUCCAUAAUGGGGAUUUUCUACUGGUUCGAUCCGAAGCUGAGAGAUUUCCACAUCGACAUGGAGAAGCAAUACGCCGCCAACUGUUCGGACAUGUCGUUCGAACGCAUCUGGUCACACGUGGACGUGUUCGCGUGGGGCCAUUUUCUUGGCUGGGCGUUUAAAGCCGUGCUGAUCCGGCAUAUGGGCAUCCUGUGGGCCAUCUCGGUGAUGUGGGAAAUUACGGAAAUUACGUUCGCCCAUCUGCUGCCCAACUUUGCCGAAUGCUGGUGGGAUGCACUGAUACUGGACGUGUUGGUUUGCAACGGGCUCGGCAUCUGGUGUGGGUUGAAGAUCUGCAAGCUGCUGGAAAUGCGCGAAUACAAGUGGGCCAGCAUACGGGACAUUUCGUCCACUACCGGCAAGCUGAAGCGGGCCGUGCUGCAGUUUACGCCGGAAAGCUGGGCACCGGUCCGGUGGCUCGAUCCGAAGUGUACCUAUAUGCGAUUCUUCGCGGUGUGUCAGCUGGUGUUGCUUUGGCAGUUAACCGAAUUGAACACCUUCUUUUUGAAACACAUUCUCGAAAUGCCCCCAUCGCAUCCGGUCGUAAUUGGGCGACUGAUGUUUGUCGGUCUGUUUACUGCUCCCUCGGUACGGCAAUACUACAUCUACGUGACGGACACGCGCUGCAAGCGGCUGGGAACGCAGUGCUGGGUGUACAUUGCCAUCCUCGUGUCGGAAGCGAUUCUGUGCAUUAAAAACGGCAAGGAACUGUUCGAGCGCACCCAGGUGAAGAAUAUCGUCGUCUGGCUAAUCAUACAGGCAGUGCUGUCGGUACUCUUCGUGUACGGCUGCAUGCUGUGGCACAGAUACGUUGCGGAAGACGAUUCACGAGACGGAUCUCCGGUGAAGCAGAUGAAUCGCUCGUUCAAGGAUUCUGCCAUCGUUUCCGGUGACUCGAAAGGAAACAAGGGUGGUUCAGCUUCGUCGGCAAAAAGUUCGCCCCAAUCUACGCCCACCAAAAAAGCACGAUCUCAACAGCGGAACCUUAUUGGCGGUUCCCAAGGCUCAACAACUGCCGACAAAUCGGUCCGCGAACAUCUUGAGUAGGUUCUAAGGAGUGGUGAAGUAGUGUGUGGUACACAGACACAGGAGAGAUCUUGUCGGUGCGACUGGGCGGACACACUCACAGGGGGAGGUAGUGUUGUUGAACAAGCCUUCCACACUAGACUUAGUAGCUGUCGGUUUGACCUGUUUCGGUGUUCUAAUAUCGCAAGUCUCACGCCUAUACCCGUUACAAUCGAGACUGUGGAAACAAGUGUUUGUCCUGCCGACUGCGGAAAACUUCCCUCGUCUCUUCAAGAAGCUGUAGACUGUUUUUCUCUCUUCGGACCAUCAAAUUCAAAAUACUGCUGAAUCCUUAUAAAAAGCUCAACUCCAACAGCUAUUUGAAUACUCCUCCCCCCUCAUUUGAAUACUGCUGCUUAGUGUUAGUUUUGGUGUGUUUUUAGUUCUGCGUUCUAGCGCGUGUUAUGUCUUAUGUUUGAAAGGAAAAAAUGCGCGCUUUUCCCGCGUGCAACAGUGUAACACUGUUACCGUGUAAUACCAACCGCACGCACGCAUGCAAAGCUUUCUAUCUGCACGCAGAAGUAGUUCAACCCAUCUGCACACAUGAGUUGUUUGCAAAGCUUUUAGCUAUCAGCGCUUUUCCUUCUACCGACACCUUCUACUACUUCGUACAGGCAUAUGCAGCGGGCCGAGUAAAAAAGGCUGAUUGAAUUACGUUAAUACAGUAGAGUUAUUAGCUAGGGGAGAAGCAUUGUAUCUGUGAAUCUUUAUUACCGGAUAGUCAUAAGGAGUAGGCAGGGGGGCAGAGGUGGUUGUUCUGCGGGAGGGCUAGCCUAGUGAAGCGUGCCAUCUCUCAACACGUUCGAAUUCUGACCGCAAUAUUCUGUAUUUUACCGGACACACACAAAGACGACCCGAUACAACAAAAUCCGGACCCGGAGGUUAACAAAUGCGGUGUACAAAUUCUAAUUGCAAGUAAUUAAUUGUAAUAAAAACAAACAAGACUAAAGAAAGAGAGAGAGAACAGCUUGCCCAUCAUCAUCAUGUGGCAAAGUCACGAACAUAGUAGAUUGAGCAUAAAUAGUAAGCGAAUGGCAGAGAAUGUAAUGAGUUUAAGGUGUAGAUUUAUAUUCCUUACCAAAAAAAACAAAAGAACCUAACAAAACAAGCUUCCGUUUCGCUGGACUGUAAAAAACAAAAAUUGUCUCGUUAAAUGCAUUCUUUCGGCCCUGUUGUUGCCGCCCUGGUCGGGCGAACCUGUUGCAUCUCGCGAACGGUAGUGCACUCUCGCACGCUAUCGAACCCUCCUUGCUUCGUUCGGAACACAAUUAGGCGUGCGCAUGCGCCACUCUUUGCCUUUGCCGCUGCUAGACUACGCGACGCUUUACGUACACGGUUUUUACAUAUCUUAUAGGAAUAGGAAACCUGAAGAAGCAAUUUUUAUAACAAGUCUUUGCGGUUUUGUUCAUUUUUUCUUCUCCAAUUUAACAAAAAAAGUUCGCACCACUUUCCGAAUUCCGACAUGUUAGUUAGGGUGAGAAAAUGCUUCUUCGUUCCUAUGUUCCGUGUCGAACUCCGAGCAACUAGCUAAACGUUACAUUAUAUAGACACAAAACACACACAAAUCUCUCUAGUCAGUAAGUGAAACGAGGAAGAGGAGGAUGGGAGGGGUGAAUCACUUUUGCUCCAAGUUCAACCAUACAUGUUAAGAUUAGCUUUAAUUGACCGUUUUCUCUCUUCCCAAGCGUUACGCCGUAUAUGUGUGAUGAGAUCUUUCGAUGAGAAGAAGCUGCGGCGAAACAGUCCGCCAGUCCUUCCGGUAGAGUCUUGCAACGAGGUUUUGUUUUCUUGUUUGGAGAAGUUUUGGGGAAUCAGUCACCAACAAUCCUUCCCCCAGGUCCCGCAUAUGAUAAAGUUUAUGUUUUAAGUAGGAUUUUUGUUAAAAGAAUUUUCGCAUGCGAGUUGUGCUCUCUUGCUUGCCGCAAUUCAUUUCACAACGUGUGUUCUCUUACUUUCGGGCAGGAUAAGGAGCGAUAAAAGAAAUGCGAAUGAAUCAACCAAAAAAAAAAGGGGGAAAGUGACAGAAAAAGCGUAGGUUUAUAAGCUGUGUAAAAUGAUAAUGAUAGUAGAUAAUAAUUGUGACCGGUUAACAACAACAGAAAAACUCGUUGUGGUUUGCAAUAACCGUUGCGUUUGUACAUUGUGGUUGAGAUUUUGUUUUCGCGUUUUAGUUUGUGUUGUAUGGAUGGAAUAAUUAAACACACACAUACACAUAUUUCCCAAAAUCAA